ACUCUCCAUUUUAAUGUUUCCCACCCAAACCAAAGAGAAGAAUCUCGAGGGCAGUGGCAUAAUUCGUAAUUUCAGCCACUUCUCAGCCCAUUUUCCUUUCCUUCUCCCUACAAUAACCAUACUCUCGCGGCACAGUUCGGAGGAGCAUUGCAGACUCUAGUUCACUGUACUGUCGAUAUCUAAUGAUGCGAACAGGAAUAAAUUGACUAAGGAAAAUUUGUGCCAUUGUCAUUUGGUGCUCCUACUAUAAACCUUGUAGCAGCAGUAAUUCAACCUUGUUACAUACUGCCAUACUGGAAACAAUUUGCACUUUUGCACAUUUUGAUUUUGCUUUCUGCUGGAUAAAUAUUAUAAAUCAUCCAGCUGUAGCUUUUUGUGAUGCUUCUAUGGUGCUGUGAAAUUGCUGCAUUAAUAAUUGAUUAUCCUUUUCAAAUGGUGUUAUCUUCCAGUUGGUGCUGGGCCUCAACUUGGAAUCUAAAACUGGACUAUGUUGCAGUCAUGGAAGUUAGAGGAGCUAAAAGUUCAAAUGACAGAAGCCGCUAUCUGUUGAGCCCUGUGCGAGCUGUUAGGGGUCUGAUAUGCCUAUUAGUGCUGCUUUCCACAGUAUUCUUUAUGCUAGUAUAUGUUGGCUUUGUAACUGCUGUCAUAUUGCGGCUUUUCAGCAUACAUUACAGCAGGAGAGCAACAUCCUUUUUCUUUGGUGCUUGGCUAGGUUUGUGGCCUUCUCUAUUUGAAAAGAUAAACAAAACUAAAGUCAUUUUUUCAGGGGAAACUGUUCCUGCAGAGGAACGUGUUUUGCUUAUUGCAAACCACAGAACUGAAGUAGACUGGAUGUACUUGUGGGACCUUGCAUGGCGAAAAGGAUGCCUGGGAUACAUAAAGUAUGUCCUCAAGAGCAGUUUGAUGAAAUUACCUAUAUUUGGAUGGGGGUUCCAUAUAUUAGAAUUCAUCUCAGUGGAAAGAAAGUGGGAAAUUGAUGAAGCAAGGAUGCACCAAACUCUUUCGACUUUCAAAGACCCCCGUGAUUCAAUUUGGCUUGCUCUUUUCCCAGAAGGAACUGAUUUCACUGAGCAAAAGUGCUUGCAAAGUCAAAAGUAUGCAGCUGAGAAUGGAUUACCUAUACUGAAAAAUGUUUUGCUUCCAAAAAGAAAGGGUUUCUGUGCCUGCUUGGAAGAUUUGAGAGGCUCUCUGGAUGCAGUUUAUGAUGUGACCAUUGGGUACAAGCAUCGGUGCCCAACUUUUCUGGACAAUGUCUUUGGGGUGGAGCCUUCUGAAGUCCAUAUUCACGUUCAGCGUAUAACACUUGAUAAUAUCCCAUUAUCUGAAGAGAAAGCCGCUGCUUGGUUGAUAGAAAGAUUCCAGCUAAAGGAUCAGUUACUAUCUGAUUUUUCUUCUCAAGGUCAGUUUCCUCACCAAGGAACAGAAAGGGAUCUCUCUACAGUAAAGUGCCUUGUUAAUUUUGCUGCAGUAACUAUCUUGAUUGGCACAUGCAUGUUUUUAACUUUUUUCUCAUCCAUUUGGUUUAAGAUUUUCGUGUCUUUGUCGUGUUCAUACCUGGCAUCUGCAACCUAUUUUAAUUUUCAUCCAGUGCCACUUCUACACUUGGAGAAAGCUGUGAAAGGUUAGAACUUGGAAGUUCACGUUUGAGUUUUUAAAUUUUAAGGCAAGUGUUUAAAAACUUUAAAUAAACAGCAACUUAUGAAUAAGAUGUUCACUAUUGAUGCAUGUAAACAGCUGAAAAGUCUUAUGUUCUUUGGCGU